UCAGCAUAACAACAACCUGUCAUGACAGCUCGGAUGGGAAAAAAAUAUUCGAUUAAGAUUUGAUAUUAAAUUUUAUAAAUCGACCUUCACCUUGAUGUAAGAGUCCUAAUAAAAGUGUGUGCGAUCCAGGACGGACAGGGCAUUCUUAAACCUGUCAUUUAGCCAGCCGAGACGGGGAACAGGAUAGGGAAGCAGGGCGAGGCGGGCCCCGCGGAGCCGGUGGAGAAGAUGGCCGGCAGCCCGGAGAAGAGUUCCACCGCGCAGGAGCUGAAGGAGCAGGGGAACCGGCUGUUCCUCUGCCGCAAGUACCAGGAGGCUGCUACCUGCUACAGCAAAGCCAUUAACCGUAAUCCAUCAGUGGCAGUAUACUACACCAACAGGGCUCUCUGCCAUGUGAAGCUGCAGCAGCAUGACAAGGCUCUGGCAGAUUGUAAGCAUGCGCUGGAGCUGGACAGUCAGUCAGUGAAGGCCCACUUUUUCUUGGGCCAGUGUCACCUGGAGCUGGAGAACUACGAUGAGGCCAUCGGCAACCUGCAGAAAGCUUAUAACCUGGCAAAAGAACAGAGGCUGAACUUUGGAGAUGACAUCCCCAGUGCUUUGCGCAUCGCCAAGAAAAAACGUUGGAACAGCAUCGAGGAGAAGCGCAUCAACCAGGAGAACGAGUUACAUGCCUAUCUGACCAAACUCAUACUGGCCGAGAAGGAACGAGAACUAGAAGAAUACAAAGAAAAACAGGAUGACAAUCAAAAUGGAGGCGAUGCCGCCAAGAUUGCAUCAAAACAUGACAAGUAUCUAAUGGACAUGGACGAGCUCUUCUCUCAAGUGGACGAGAAAAGAAAAAAACGGGAAAUCCCUGAUUACCUUUGUGGGAAGAUCAGUUUUGAGCUGAUGAGGGAACCCUGCAUCACACCCAGUGGAAUCACUUAUGAUCGCAAGGACAUUGAAGAACACCUACAGCGAGUAGGUCAUUUCGACCCGGUCACCAGGAGUCCCCUGACCCAGGACCAGCUGAUCCCCAACCUGGCUAUGAAGGAGGUGAUCGACGCCUUUAUCCAGGAGAACGGCUGGGUGGAGGACUACUGAAGAGAGACGCCUCCCAUUUCUCCUUCAUACCCGAGUGCUCAACACAAAGCCUGGACAACACAAGACUAUCGAGAACAGAUCACCCCUUGCCUGGAUAUGUACUUUACACAAGCGGGAAAAGCCACACUAUGGACUACCAAACGGGAGCCACGUAUCUCGGCCUGCCUCCUUCCCCACAUCUUAUCUUUGCUGUAAAACUUCCCCGCUCCUACUUUGCCGAGGCUCGGUGUUAUUCAUGGCCUGCUGCUCCCUUUAAAACCUCCUUCCCUCUGCUCUUUCUGGCCUUUUUCUCUCUCUUCCUCUCUGCCCUCAUGCUGUUUUUUCUGCUCUUUUAAACCUUGACUCCCUUUCUGUACUCAAACCGGGGCCACGUUCUCAGGUCUCUCUUGCUCCUUCUCGCUUUAUCUCUCUCUCUCUCUCUCUCUUUCUCUGAGUGCCACAGUUCUUGGAAAGCAUCAGCAUUGCACUCCAGUGUUUCACAUUAGCCACCAUUAUACAAAAAAAUAAUAAUAAAAAAAAAUCACAUUUCGGUGGCAGAUUAAGACAUUGGCCUUUCGUUUGGCGUUUACUCCAGUAUUUUGUAGUCACUUUUUUCAUUCAACGAUGGAGCAUUUUCCCACUUCUUAAUGUACUUUGGUGGAAGUGGUAACUAAAAUGCCAAAAACCUGUUCUGAACAAGGGUUGUUUGUAUGCAAGUUUUACAUGACGAUAACCGAAAAGGGAACCAAGUCCCUUUUCUACCCUCUGGUGGCGCUUCAUACAUACCCACGGGUCACCAUAAGAUUUCGAGUAGAUUGUUAGUUUGUUUUUCUCUCUGCAUAUCAAUCACAACCGACUACAGACAAUUGAGAUAAGUUGAAUGUAUGCAUUCUUUAUAGGUGUAGAAUCAACCUUCAGUAAUUCAAGAUGUUGUCUAAACAGGACAAUGUGAGGCGAGAAGCCUUCGAACUGGAAACGAAUGGCAGUGGCUGCUGCGUAAUCAAACAGUCUUCACGUUGCUGGAUAUCGAUUGAAAAAUGGCUUAUGAGAGACUGUUUGGGUUGUUGCCGAGUGAUAUGACUGUGGACUCUCACAUCAAGCAUGAAGUGAAUUUUCUUCUCCUUAGCAAAAAACAAAAAAAAAAGCAAAAAAGAUGGUUGUCUUCUCUUCUCACCGUUUUGCUGUUACUUUUUAUGCACCUUCUCCUCACAGUGUCACAGUUAUGAAGAAAAAUGGUUGCCGCAAUCAUGAGCGCGAAACCAACUCCAAGUCGUUUCCCGUUACGAGGAUCUGAGGUUCAGUCGCGUCACUACUGCCCCGACCUCCGUCAUAGAAAUGCUGGAAGAGCUAAGACCAUCUUAUCUCAUCCGUACCUCAGUCCCAACUUUAUCGCGUGCUGGUUUUCUGGCAUUCUCUGUAAAACACACAUUCAUUUCAGUGCUAUUAGUUUACAGAUUUUUAUUUUUAUGUUUUCAGCUGAAUGUGUCUGUGGUGAAUUAGGCCUGUCGGUGGUUCGUGUCGGAGUGCAGGCGGUGUACAUAAUUUGCUGGUGUAUGUCAGAUUUUAUUUCUUGACAAAAUAGGGUUCUUUUUUUUCUUGAGAAAUCCUAGAGCUUGAGAAACUGUAUUAAAUGUAGAUAUGUUGAUAAAAAAUAAAUGCCUGAUUCAGUUUUCAUUUGUCCCCAUUAAACCAUGAACUUUGAGGUUGUUUGUUGUGGUGUUUCUGACACUAGAUGAUCAUUAAAGAGAUACCAAGUAUGAA